AUAUAAAGCUCCCUCUCAACAUCGUUUGAUAUUCAGUUUGUCGCUGUUCUUCGACCCACACCAACCGCCAAGCAAUGUCCAAUAAAACCUGUUGCCGAGGACCGGGUUACGCAACCCCACUGGACGCCAUGAGGAGUGGUCCCCGCGAGAAGCUCCUCUACACGGUCACCGUUCAGCCCAACUUGGAUGAGCCCCAUGGCGAUUAUCUGUCCACAGUCGACGUGGAUCCCGAGAGCCCCACCUACUGCCAGAUAGUGCACCGUACGUUCACGAAUCGCAAGGGAGAUGAACUGCAUCAUUCCGGCUGGAACGCUUGCUCCAGUUGUUAUUACGUCGAUGAGAGCUCCAAGACGGUGCCAAAAAGGGAUAGACUGGUAUUGCCGUCCCUGAAUUCCGACUUUAUUUAUAUACUGGAUGUGGUUACGGACCCCCGAAAACCAGAGAUUAUCAAGACCAUUGAUGGCGAUGUGUUGAAGAGUCACAAUGUGACGGCUCCACAUACCACACAUUGUUUGGCCAAUGGGAACAUCAUGAUAUCCGUGAUGGGCGAUGCAGAGGGCUAUGCCAAGGGGGACUUUAUCCUCUUCGAUAAGGACUUCAAUUGCAUCGGUACUUGGACCAAGGGCGAUAAGAAGGCAUUGUGCGGAUACGACUUCUGGUAUCAGCCGUAUUUCGAUGUGAUGGUUUCUUCGGAAUGGGGGGCCCCCAAUAAAUGGCGACGAGGAUGGAAGACUGGUGACCUGGAGGAUAUGUCUCAGUACGGCUGUCGCCUCAACUUCUACAAAUGGUCCACGCAGACUCUCUACCAGACCAUUGACCUGGGAUCGGAUGGCAUAACUCCCCUGGAGAUUCGGUUCCUGCACAAUCCCAAAAAGGCCGAAGGAUUCGUGGGGUGUGCCCUCAAUGCCAAGGUGUUCUACUUCGCGAAGAAGGCAGAUUCCGAUGAGUUUGAGGCCAAGAAGGUAAUUGACAUACCCGGAAAACUGGUCGAUACCGGCAGUGGAGUAGCUGAAGAUAUGGGUGGCAUGAUUUCGGACAUCAUCAUCUCCCUGGACGACCGAUUUCUGUAUGUCAACUGCUGGCGACAUGGCGACCUGCGGCAAUAUGAUAUCACCGAUCCCGAGAAUCCCAAGCUGACUGGCCAGGUUUUCCUUGGCGGUGCCAUAUGCAGUGACUUGCCAAAUGUGAUUGUUAAGGAGGAUAAGGAACUGAAGGAGAGACCUCCGGCUCGCUACGUGAAGGGACGUCGCUUGGAAGGAGGUCCCCAAAUGAUGCAGCUAUCCCUGGAUGGGAAGCGCUUGUAUGUCUCGUCAUCUCUGUAUUCCCCAUGGGAUAAGCAGUUCUAUCCCAAAAUGGUUUCGCAAGGCGGUCAUAUUGUCCUGAUUAACGUGGACACUGUGAACGGAGGAAUGUCCCUCGAUGAGGACUUCUUGGUGGACUUUGGCAAUGAACCUUACGGUCCCAGUUUGCCCCACGAAAUGCGUUAUCCUGGCGGUGAUUGCACUUCCGAUAUUUGGCUGGCCAAUGAUGCGUAAUCUACAUGUGACUUUUGUGAAGAUCUAAUAAACUAAUUCCCUUAAAA